AUUACAAUUCAUUUAUUCAUAUCAAUUUAUUGUUUUCUUAUUAUUAAUAAUAAAUAUUAUUACACAAUGUUCGGUGGUUAUUUUUCUUUCUAGUUUAAUGCGCAUGAUCAUACACAUAUAUACACGUAUAUUACGCAAACGUGGGGAGAGAACAGUGGUGUCGAAUAUGUAUUCCUUAAAAAAUAAGAAUUAAAAACAAUUAUUAUUAUUAUUAUUAUAUUUACAUUUUUCACUGCAACACGGUUGACAGCUGAUGCUGAGUGCUGACUUAGCUCAUGUUGCAUGCAGUCAGCAAUUCGAAUUUACUCUACCAUGGAUCCAAAUGAAAUAGAAUUUAUUAAUGAAAACAGAACAAUUAGUAUCAUACCAAAUUUUAAUUUGGGUACAAUUCAUCUCCUUUCGGGUAGUGUUGGACCAUUCAAAGCUGGAGCUACUUUGAAUGUCCCUCUUUGGCUUGCUGUCAGUCUCAAACAGCAACAAAAAUGCCGGAUUAUGUGUCCAGAUUGGAUGGAGCUUGAAAAGUUGGAAACCAUAAAAGAGAACGAAAAAUUAUCUCGAACUUUCCAUAAGAUGGCAAAUGAUCAUUACAUGGAUGAGGCUCAUAUACUUAUGGAUAUCGCUUCAGAUGAUAUACCCAGUGUUGACAAUGUUCGUACGGCGAUUAAAGAUAUAUGGGACAUACGAAUGUCAAAGUUGAGAACAUCACUUGAUGAACUGUUCAAAGCUAAAAGUGGUGUACAUGCUGUUCUCAAUAACUUAACUGUAAUGGAGUUAAAUAGCAUACGUCCACUGCUACCACAUACAAUGGAUCAGUUGUUUCGAAUAAGAAUGUCAAAAACUAAUAAGUAAAUUUUUAUUUUUUUCUUUAUUAAGUUUAUUCGAGUGUGCAAUAAAAAACAUUGCACCUUGUGAUAGUUAUAAUACGCACACUCAAAAUAUUGUAUUGCAAAAAAAGUUACAUACUAAAUAAAUAGCUCAGUCAUUUUGUCAA